CAGAGCCAACCUAGCAUAGAGAUACACACAUCUGCUAGAGAGAGCUGCGCUCAGCGCCCACGCCCACUCUUCUGGCUAGCCUUCACCCAGGCAGCAGUUGAUGAGAUUUCAUCAAGACAACUUCAGAGGAGGUUUGAACACAUAAGCAGCUGCACACACCAACCAGCUAACUAAUAACCAUGAAUCUCGAGGUCCCCAAGUUGGAGAUCAAGUCUGCCACCCGUGUCACUGGAGGCCCUGCAACACCACGCAAGGGACCCCCUAAAUUCAAGCAGAGGCAGACUCGCCAGUUCAAGAGCAAGCCCCCCAAGAAGGGAAUCCAGGGCUUUGGCGAUGACAUCCCUGGAAUGGAGGGCUUAGGCACUGACAUCACAGUAAUCUGCCCCUGGGAGGCCUUCAACCACCUGGAGCUUAGUGAGCUGGCCAAAUAUGGUAUCAUCUAAGUCAUCCAGACCUUCACCAUCCAUCCCACAGUCCUCUGCAUCCACCUCCAUCUACUUCAAGCCAUGCAUGUGCCUCGAGCACUCUCACAGGGUUUGACUAGAACUUUCAAGCAUAAACCAAAGCAAAGAAUAAAUAAAUAAAGAAAACGUUACAGAAAAACAACCGUCUACACUC